AUGAUCACCGGCUUCCUGGACUCAAGCUCUGGCGUCGUGCUUGUAGGUGGCUACGACGUCAAGACCUGCACAAGAGAUGCGCGCGACAGUCUCGGAUACUGUGCGCAGUACAACAUCCUCAUCGACGACCUUAGCGUCGAGGAACAUCUGAUGUACUUCGCUAUCAUCAAAGGCGUUCGCCUAGAGAAGGCGCGCGGCGAGGUGAUCAACCUUCUGCAUGACGUGGCCCUCCUGGACCAACGCGCCACGCUCGCCGUAGACCUGUCACUGGGGCAACAACGACGGCUUUGCACCGCAAUGGCCAUCAUAGCCAUGCCGAAGGUGAUCAUACUCGACGAGCCGACGGCAAACAUGGACCCGGACGGCCGCCGCGAGAUGUGGGAGUUGCUGCUCAAGGUUCGCCGAACCUGCUCCAUCUUCCUCACCACUCAGCACCUGGACGAAGCCGACAUUCUCGGCGAUCGAAUCGUCAUCAUGGCCAACGGACAGAUCAGGUGCGGUGGCUCGCCGACUUUCUUGAAGCACCGAUAUGGUGCGGGCUACCACAUGAAAAUCAACAAGCUUCAGAGGUGCAACGUGCCAGCGAUCGAGGACCUGUUGCACAAGUACGCGCCCAAGGCUAAGCUGCAGAGCAACUCGGACAACGAGGCAGUCUUCAUCUUGGGGCAGAUCAUCGCGACGCGGAAGAUCGUCAGCAUGUUCAAGGCUCUCGAGAACCGCAGCGCCGAGCUCGGCAUCGUCUCUGUGGGCAUGACGGUGACCUCCCUGGAGGACGUGUUGGUACGGGUGGCCGAAGAGCAGCACAUCCACCGCAGGGCCCACAACCUGGCGCCCGUGGCAAGCGAGGAGCCCUCGCUCGUCGAUGGCAAGCUGUCCAUCAUUCGGAUCAUGGCCAGCGCCACGGCCACGGAACCCUCGCCCUUGUCGUGUGUCUGGGCCGUGCUUAACAAGCGAGCCACGUACAUGUGGCGCGAGAAGAAGAUGCCCCUGUUCAGCUGGAUGCUGCCGCCACUGCUCCUCCUGCUGCUCUUCUUCCUGGAGGACGUGGGCCUACGCGGCAGCGGCUACGACGUCGAACAUGAAGGCGGACACGUCGGGUACACCUUUCCCGAAGUGGUCGGAACCGCCCAGGGGUUCUACGCCGUGGAUACGGACAAGUCGUUCACCGACAAGUGGCUGCGCCCGUUGACCAGCGACGCGAGCGAGUACUCCAUGGAGGAAGAGGACGCGUCCACCGACCUCGGGAAAUAUCUCCUCGACAUUGCCAAGGAGACGUUGCGCAAAUAUGUCUUCAACAUGCACUUCGGCGUGCAGACGACCAAACGUACAGGGAAUGUGCUCUGGUACAACGGUCAGAUCCAGCACACGGCGCCCCUGGUGGUCACGCUUUACAACAUGGCGCGGCUCCGGAACGUCACCAAGGAGGCCGCGGCCAGCCUCACCUUCGAACUGACGGCUCGCGGCUCAGAGGAACUUCGCGCGGUGGCGGGAAGCGGAACCGGCGUCCUCGAUGAGGACAUCCGCAGCCAGAACACCUACCGCACCCUCCUGCCCAAGGUCCUGCGUUCCAUCUUCUUCCCCCUCGUGACCAGCCUCAUGUGCAGCAACUUCGUCAUCUUCCCGACCGCCGAGAGGACGCUCAAGCUAGUGUAA